AUUGUUUAAAUUUAUACAAAAAUUGAUGAAUGUAGUGAAUGAGUUAAUUGUCUUGCGCAGUCAGUAUGUACAUCUCGUAUGUGUGAAAAUGGCGCUUUCUUGUGCAAUUUCCAAUGAAGUGCCGGAGCACCCCGUCAUAUCACCUGUGUCGGGCUCCAUAUUCGAAAGGCGUUUAAUCGAGAAGUACGUGAAUGAAAAUGGAGUGGAUCCUAUAACAGGGAAAGAAUUGACCAUUGAACAGCUUAUCGAUGUCAAAACUACUCCGAUAGUUAAGCCUAAACCACCAAGUGCCACAUCCAUCCCAGCUAUAUUAAAAAUUCUGCAAGAUGAGUGGGACGCUGUGAUGUUGCAUUCUUUUACGCUUAGACAGCAACUUCAGACAGCUAGACAAGAAUUAUCUCAUGCCCUGUAUCAGCACGAUGCAGCUUGCCGUGUUAUUGCUAGAUUAACGAAAGAAGUCACUGCAGCAAGAGAAGCUUUGGCUACUCUGAAACCACAAGCUGGAAUUGUGCAAGCUACCACCAUUCCACAACCUGCGGUUGCAGUUGAAGCUGGUGGUACUGCAGCCCAGCCCAUGGAACAAGCCGGUAUUACCGAGGAUGUAAUACAAAAACUUCAAGAAAGGGCUACAGUACUUACACAGGAAAGGAAACGCCGCGGCCGUUCAGUCCCUGAAGAUUUGAUGCCGCAAGAUAGUAUCCGCGCUUUUCAGACACUCGCGUCACAUCCUGGUCUUCACUCUGCCAGUGUACCUGGCAUAUUAGCAUUAGAUAUUCAUAGUGCGGAUACUAGCAAGAUUUUAACUGGUGGUGCUGAUAAGAAUGCUACAGUAUUUAACAAAGACACGGAGCAAGUAGUUGCUAUAUUAAAAGGACAUACCAAGAAGGUUACAAGAGUAAUUUAUCACCCUGAAGAAGAUAUAGUAAUGACUGCAUCGCCUGACACUACAAUACGAGUAUGGAAUGUAGGCACUAGUCAAACGACAUUGUUGUUGAAGGCUCACGACGCUCCCGUAACUGGUCUCUCUUUACAUCCAACUGGCGAUUACUUGUUGAGUUCGUCGCUCGACCAACAUUGGGCAUUCUCAGAUAUUCGUACUGGUAGAUUACUGACUAAGGUCGCCGGUCAAGUUAGUCAACCUUUGACUACGGCUCAGUUCCAUCCCGACGGAUUGAUUUUCGGUACCGGUACUGCGGACUCCCAGGUGAAGAUUUGGGAUUUGAAAGAACAAUCAAACGUAGCUAAUUUCCCCGGCCACUCGGGACCAAUUACAGCAAUUAGUUUCUCCGAAAACGGUUACUACUUAGCCACCGCUGCCGAGGACUCCUGUGUGAAAUUGUGGGAUUUACGCAAGUUGAAGAACUUUAAGACACUUCAAUUAGAAGAAUCGUACGAGGUCAAAGAUAUUUGCUUCGAUCAAAGCGGCACAUAUUUAGCAGUUGCCGGAACAGACGUGAGAGUGUACUUGUGCAAGCAAUGGCAAGAACUGAAAGUGCUCAACGAUCACACAGCAGCCGCGACCGGUGUCCGUUUUGGAAAGCAUGCACAGUACAUAGCAUCAACUAGUAUGGACAGGACAUUAAAACUUUAUGGACUACCUUAAAUACAUAGUUAUAAGAUCAUCUUAAUUUAAGCACAAUUUAAAUUAGAGCCGGUAGCAUAAGCUUAUUACGAUGAAAAGUGGCGAGUCUUUCUAAUAUUUGUAUUAUUUGAUUCAUACAUAGUAGUUCCACUUUCAAACACGUUAAAUGAAUUUACAGUAAAAUAGAUAAGUCUUACAUUUGUUCUGAAUGUUACUUGAAACUAGUUUUAAAGUCUUGCUUCCGUUCUAGUAUCAACACGAAGACAAUGUUUUAUACACUUUUUAAAAUCGUUCUAAAGGCAAAUCACAUUUAUACCGUUUAUAGAAAAUGUAAAGGACCGAGACGUAUGAAUGUUGUUAACUGUUAAUGAAUUCGUUUCGAAUAUCUUGUAAGACAAAGUACAAAUGUCGAAUAGCAGUGCGUGGUAUUAUAAAACCGAUAUUGUAUAGGUAAUUAUUUUUAUGAAGAUAUGUGUAUGACACAGUUUCUUGACUGACGUUUACCUCCACUCAGGAUACUUUUUAAAAGAACUGAAAUACAAUUCGUUCGGAAUAGAAAA